AUAUAUAGCAGUUUGCAGCAAGUAUUAAAAUGUUAUUUAAUUAAAAUGCGAAAUUUUGUUCAAACAUUCGGAAGACUUUAAUUUAUAACAAGACUGUGUACUUAAAUAUUCAAAAACCCAAUUGAAUAUCGUAAAUUCGACGUAUCUAUUACGUAACUUUUUGUUUAUUUGAAUUUAUUUGGUCGUGACGUUUACACCAUUAUGAAUAGCACAAUUUCGAUCGCCCGGCGCGCGAUAACCUCUAUAAAAACCCACUGUACUGUAAAAAGAGGUUUUAAUAUCGCUAGUGACAUCGGUAUUAGGAAGUUUUCUGUUAGUUCGUGUAGAAAUAUGAAGUUCGUUCAAUUCGUUUAUAAUGAAAAACCUAAUGAUAUUCGAGUUGGAUAUUUAGAUGGUGAUAAGGUUGUAGACAUCAAUAAAGCAGAUUCCAGCUUGCCUAGUAACCUGCUAGAUAUUUUAAAAAAUGGUGAUAUCGAAAAAGUUAAUAAGCUAAAAUCUUCAAAUCCAUCAUCGGUACCUCUGUCUUCCAUUCAACUAGCAGCACCAAUCCAUGGAAAUGACAAGGUAUUGUGUGUGGGACUGAAUUACAAAGACCAUUGUGAAGAGCAGAAUUUGACUCCUCCCGAAGUCCCUAUGAUAUUCAGCAAAUUUUCAAGUACAAUCAUCGGCCAAAAGGAUGCUGUCAAGCUUAGGACUGAUGUAACAAAUAAAGUGGACUGGGAAGUCGAACUAACCGUUGUUAUUGGUAAAAAGGCGAGUAACGUUAAAGCAGCUAAUGCCUUCGACUACGUCUUUGGUUACACCGUCGCUCAGGACAUCAGUGCCAGAGACUGGCAGAAAACUAGAAACGGAGGACAAUUUCUACUAGGCAAGUCUAUGGACACGUUCUGUCCCAUUGGUCCUUGUAUCACAACGAGUGAUGAGAUUGGCAAUCCACAAAACUUGAGCAUCAAGUGCAGUGUCAAUGGAGUUCAAAAACAAUCCAGCAACACUAAUCAGCUUGUGCAUAAGAUAGAAAACGUCAUCGAGAGACUCAGCUCGGUUAUGACACUUCUGCCAGGUGAUAUUAUACUGACAGGAACUCCAGGUGGUGUUGGCAUGUACAGGUCUCCUCCUGAAUAUCUCAAGCCUGGGGAUGUGGUUCACAGUGAAAUACAAAACAUUGGUGUCCUUGAAACUAGGGUUGAAAAGUUUUAAUUGAUUAAGUGAAAAUGUAACCUGGAAACAAAAUAGUUGCCAUUAUUUACCGAAUUAUAAAUCAUUGUAUAUAAUUUAUAAAAUAAAUAAAUAUCACAGUAAAA